GGACAAGCUUCCCAAUUUCGAAAAGUCCAAAUCUCUACAAACGCCACACCAGGAUAGAUAAUCCCCGCCGAAAGCCGCGAAAAUGGGCAAGUCCGAGUUCCACCAGGCCGACGAGCGGCGGUUCGUGGACCAGCGUGGCAGCAGCGCGACGCUGGCGCCGAACGGGCUGAACCCGGCGACGAUCAUGGAGAAGGCGGUUCGGGAGCGCAUCGUGGACAGCUACUUCUACAUGGAGCAGUGCUUCGGGGUGAACGAGGCGGACAUUGUCGACCGCGUAGUCGAGCACGUCUCCUUCAUCGGCGGCGUCAGCGGCACCGUCCAGAAGCCCACCCCGUUCCUCUGCCUCGCCUUCAAGCUCCUCCAGCUGGCGCCCUCGGACGCCGUCCUGCGGGAGUACCUCGCCUUCGGCGGCGAGAAGUUCAAGUACCUCCGCGCCCUGGCGCUGUUUUACAUCCGCCUCACACGCCCGGCCAAGGAGGUCUACACCAUGCUGGAGCCAUACCUCGAGGACGGCAGGAAGCUGAGGCGCAAGGGGAGGGCGGGGACCAGCCUGACGUUUGUGGACGUGUUCGUCGACGACCUGUUGACCAAGGACCGCGUGUGCGCCACGAGCCUGUGGAAGAUGCCCAAGAGGGACGUCCUGGAGGACCUGGAGGUCUUGGAGCCGAGGGUCAGCCCGCUGGGGGACAUUGAGGACCUGUUGGAGGAGGAUGAGGAGGAGGAGGGUGGGCAGAACGGGGAGGGGGCCGGGGACGGGAACGCCAGUGAACGGUCGUCGAGGUUCGAGUCGCCCAUGGAAGCCUCGGAUCGUGAUGUUAUGGACGUGGACAGUGAUGAGAGGCGGUUGAGCAAGACGCGCAGCCGCAGUCCGUGAUGGGUGCGUACGCGGGACGACUAUCAGGACAGCUGGACAUUGGAGACUUUAUCGAGGAGUCCGAAUGAGGAAUCCAGGGUGACCACCUAAACUACAUGCUGCACAGCUCGAGAAGGCACGAGCAGCAGAAAGUCUCAGCCAGCGGAAAUCUGGUCUCUGAGUGGGUGGGCUUUCUGGUAGGUCACAGCUGAU